AGAGUGAAGAUCAAAUCUUAAAACAUGAGUUCCCGUGAUUUUUCAAUUUCUACAAACCUGAAAAUGUGUGUCAGCAUGCACAUACUGACUGCAGACACACAGUAGUAGCCUGACUAGAAAUUUGCACUUUAGGCUACUUUGACAGCUAUGAACGAACAGACUCCAUGUCCCCUGUGUUGGUAAGAGAGACUGUAUUUGACUACGGAGAGAGUGAGGGCAGAAGUGGCAGGUGACUGCUUUUUUCACCUAUAAUUGGGUGUAUUUCCUCACACCUUUACAUUUUGCACAAGGAUGUCAGAGUUAACUUCCAAAUAAAUUUCCCAGAAGUCUUUGACUUUCAAUGAACCUAAGUUGUCCGUCCUAAUCAGGUGUUGCAAGUGAAUUCUGUGGUUCAGAAACUUUAUAAUUUUCUAUGCAACCUCUGAGUUUUGAGCUGAGAUCUUGCAUAGUAAGAUACAUGUGAUAAAAUUCUCCUUUCCGCUUUUUGCUCCAAAGCUGCUCACACCCUGGAUACUGGUCAGGGAGACUGUGUUUUUAGCAUAAGUGAGGUUGGGUGAAGUAUACAGAAUCUUUGGCUUUACCGAAAGGAACCCUGUGAAGACACAGAGCCUACCUAGAAGAUGGGAGUGAACUGCACCUCAUUUCUUUCCUUUAAGAAUGGCUUUAGUCUUGGGGUUCCGGAACUUUGCUAAUGAGGCAGGGCUGUUGUCUGUGGGGCCCAUUACUCAGGAGACUUGAGUGGGGCACAUGACGUUGCCAGCUGUUGUUUGAGAGAAAGGCCUUGUCUUCAUUAUCUUUAUAUUGGCUGCUUGGAGCUUAGCUUUUGAUGGUGUGAUGGUUUGAAUACGAAUGGCCACCAUAGGCUCAUAUAUUUGAAUGCUUGGUCACCAGAGAGCGGCACUGUUUGAAAGGUUUAGAAGGCUUAGGAAGUGUGGCCCAUGGUGUAUUUUCACAGCAAUAGAACAGUGACUAAGAUGCACACCGAAGGUGCUGGUUAAAUGCAUAUUGAGUUGCCUACAGGGACAGGAAAUGUUCAGACACGUGGUUUUCUGUUCCUCCUGGUCAGGCUGCCCGUUGGCCUCUGAGAACCAGGAGGAGGAACGCCAGCGCCUCUCUCCUUUGUCUCCAGAUGCUCACAGUCAUUUGCUGGGCACACAGAGACCUCAGCGUUGGAUAAUGCCCGAAUGUUCUGCUUAGGCCUCUCCUUUCCUCUCGGUGAGGCAGGUAAGAAUAUGCAGCGGAAACAGAAACUGUUUGCACUGUCUCUAGGGACCUUAGUUAAGUCGAUUUCAUGCUCUUUUCAGUUUCUUUGGGAGUUCAUGUUGGCGCUGGAGUCUUAGCUUCAUUCUGAAAUGGAUCUUUCCCCCGUUUACUUCUUCAAAAACUGUCUCAAGCCUCACAGCUCUGGGGCAGGAUUUCUACAGAGAGCGCCUUAACAGACGCCAAGCUCUUGCCUCCGCCCUCCCUGAAGUAUCAGUCCUUAAGAGUCAGGUAGACGAGUGGCAGAUUUGCCCCUAAUCCCCCCGAGCUUUCAAAAUUCAGGGCCACCUCCGUAAUUUUGACUUCCCAACUCAGACUUCUAGUUGGCCGCUAGGUUGCGCUGUGUGACAAGAAAUCUCAGGAUCUUGAACCCCCGGGAACCCAGGACUCGAAGGGAGAUGAGGUGGGAGCCGAAGAGAGGGAGAGCGAGGAAAGUUGAUCCGGUGAGGUCGUCCGAAGAGUAAGACCCACAGGAAGCAACUAGACUGAAUGACCGACUACAACCAGCUGUGCUUCAGUCGGCCACUGCUUUACUGCAAACCUAACGGAUUCCAAGUGGAGUUAAGAACUAAUUGCACCAUUUGAAAGGCACCGGGUAGAAGAGGGUUCAUCCGCGUUUGUCCAUUUACUGUACUGGGAGUCCAGGGUACAGGCCCCAGGAGACCAAACAAUUCAGGCUGUGAGGAGUAUUUGAAUUGCCCCGUAUUCCCUUGGGAAUAUGUGUGCUUGCGUUCAUUUGCAACUGUUCCUGUCUACUUCACCCGCGUGUCGCCUCCCUUUCCUCUUCUAGUACCCUGAAAUUUUGCGCAGGGAUCGUUUUUUUUUUCUGAGGGCGAGAAGGCUUUUUGCAGCUAUUGGUUUGCGUUCAUUACUUUUCGUGCAGCAAUUAUUUCCCAGCCUUCCUGUUUAAGACUGACCAGAACAAAAGAAAGCCCCCGCGUGGGUGCUCUAGGCUGGAGAGGGUGUGUGCGCCCAGAAACUUCUUCCACACAAUAUUCAGGCUGCAGACUGAGCAAGAGGAAGCUAGGGGCAGACACUCUUCACUCUGGCAGCUUUCCUUUUCUACAUAGGGAGUGUCCUUCUGUCUGUCUGUCUGUCCGUCUGUCUAUCUGCCUGCCUGCCUGUGUCUGCCUGUGUCUGUCUGUCUGUCUCUGUCUGUCUGUCUGUCUGUCUCUCUCUCUGUCUGUCUCUCUGUCUCUCUGUCUCUCUGUCUCUCUCUCUCUGUCUCUCUCUCUCUCUCUCUCUCUCUCUCUCUCUCUCUCUCUCUCUCUCUCUCUCUCUCUCUCCCCUAUGGCUGGUGUAGGCCUUCACCUGCACCGCAUAGCCCCGAUGGGGCGCUGGGACCGUGGCCCUUGGGGAUUUCUCUGCUCUGUCUUGUUGCCGCCUUUCCUCACGUGCCUGGGAACCAUGUUGGACUCUGUUCCCUACAUGUGCCCGUGGCGCUGAAGAGCAGGCUUGGAAGCAGAGGUCCCUGCAGGCUUGAGAGGGGCUCGCUGCCUGGGGCGCUCUAAGCACCAUAGGGGUGCGAGUCAACAGCUGUGUGGUACCCUUUGGUGUUUACACCCUCCAGAUGCGCUCUCAUGCUGGAGAUCUGUCGGACGUCAGAACUGUGGAGAUGAAAAGAGAGAAAAGUCUGCGCGCUGUGUGGGUGCUUUGUGCAAGUUGUUCAGUGGCUUUUGAGUGGGCACUGCGUGCUCCAAGAAUGUGCAGAGGUGGCCAUUCUCAUUUUUCUCGUUUCUUUCCUUCCAAACUCCUCUCUUGCUCGGGUUGGCUCUGGCCAGAGGCUGUCUGUGCGUGGGGCGAGGCGCAAGAGGGCUGGGAAAGAAGGUGCAGAAAGUUUUUGUCAUUUUGAAGACUAUGGUGCCUAUAGGAGGCAAGGUCAAGUCGGCAGAGGUGAGAUGAAGCAAGCAAGAAAGGUGUGACCUCAGCUUCUGCUGUUAGGGGCCGCUUGAUUCCUGGGUCCAGGGUUCACUCCUGUUCCCAGUACCCCCUAGCCCAACCCUGCAGAGGCAACUUCUCUGGGCUUCAAGAGGCCGAAAGCCGCGGGGAGAGUUCCGAGCUCACAAACCUGAGUAUGAAGAAUCCGUCUUCGGAUAACAUCGUGUGACUACUGGACGCUUCCGCCCAUGCGUCUUGUACAAUUUGGCAACCUCAGGAACUUUUAAGGGCAGAGCUGACAGUCUGAAGCCCCAACUUGGACCAAGUUUGUGCUCUCAACCUGGCAAGACAUUUCUGUGGUGAAUAAAACUUGUUCUUGAGUGUCCUGCUGGGAUGACCCCCAGGUACCAGUAGUUUUCCUCUCCCUCCCUCCAGUUUGAAUCGAAGCUUCCCAGCUCUAUCCUGAAAAACCAGGUUAGGCAGACAGGCCUGGGAAAGUCAUCCCAUCCCUGAACCGGGAGCAGGAGACUGGUCGAGUUUUCAGUCUCCACUUGGAGACUGGGAAAGACAGAGGCCCGCCGCCGCGUGCACAGACAGUUAGUUAAUGGAAACCCUGUAAAUCGGUUUUAAGUGCACCCAGGACAGAGGGGGAAGAAGGUGGAGACGGUAGUGUCAGGGGAUGGCAUAGAGUGAGGGACAAGGGGUUGGUUACCCAUCCCACUGUUCUGAAACCAGAACGGCUUCCCCGUCUCCAUUGUUCUUAACUUAGAAAAGUAAACGUAUAAAAGAAAUUUAUCCGGAUAGGGAAACCCGAGCCCCUUGCCCGCCCCAAGCGGAGGAGUCCGCGGCCUCCCUUGGCAGGGAACCCGGCUGCGGCUGUCCCCCUCUCUCCCUCCCUCCUCCCCGCCCCCGGAGGGGCAUUGCUACUACGGCGAUCGCCACCUCACGCCGAUGGAAUGCUCGAAGUAUGCACACGUUCCCAAAAGUAGACCUCCUUCACCGCCGAGUAGCAUACAUCACCCGUGGCAGCCUUCCACCUUCUCAGGCGUUUCGUAACCGAGUAAACUGAGAGCCGGGAACAGCCCUCUAUUAAGUAGCCCGCGGCGCUGAGCCUCUUCCCAGUCGGCGAAGGCAGCCGCCGCAGACGCGUCCGCCCGCUGCUGCAGUCAGUCCCCCUGCCUCCGCUCCGCGCUCCACUCGCCACUCCUGGGUGCUCCGGUCGUCCUUCCCACGCUCGCGGCUGCCAGGUGCUCCCGGAGCGCAGCGCCCUCACCGGCCCAGGGGGUCCCGCACGCUGGCUGCUGGACGCCGGUUCCCUCUGUCACUGACGGCUCAGAUUCCUUCAUGAGUCUGUGAGCCUGAGGCCAGAGCAUGAAGACCAGGCUUCCCCGAGCGCUGGCCGCCCUGGGCGUGGCCCUUCUCCUGUCUUCCAUUGAGGCAGAAGUUGACCCACCUUCCAACUUGAAUUUUAAAAUUAUAGAUGAAAAUACUGUUCAUAUGUCAUGGGAGAGACCAGUUGAUCCAAUUGUGGGUUACAGAAUAACGGUGGACUCUACAACAGAGGGGCCUACUAAAGAAUUUACCCUUGCAGCUGGUACCACUGAAACUUUAUUAUCAGACCUUAUUCCUGAAAUAGAGUAUGUGGUGACUAUAACUUCCUAUGAUGAAGUAGAAGAAAGCGUGCCAGUUAUAGGCCAGUUGACAAUUCAAACAGGUGGUCCGACAAAGCCAGGGGAGAAGAAACCUGGAAAAACAGAGAUACAAAAGUGCUCUGUCAGUGCCUGGACUGACUUAGUCUUUCUUGUGGAUGGCUCCUGGAGUGUGGGAAGAAAUAAUUUCAAGUACAUUUUAGACUUCCUUGCUGCUCUUGUGUCUGCCUUUGACAUUGGGGAGGAGAAGACGAGAGUUGGCGUUGUUCAGUACAGCUCCGGUACCAGGACUGAAUUUAACUUACAUCAGUAUUACCGAAGAGAUGACCUGCUGGCUGCAAUUAAAAAAAUUCCAUACAAAGGUGGCAACACAAUGACAGGGGAUGCCAUUGAUUACUUAGUUAAAAACACGUUCACUGAGUCUGCUGGCUCAAGAGCGGGCUUUCCUAAAGUGGCAAUUAUUAUCACGGAUGGCAAAUCUCAGGACGAAGUGGACAUUCCAGCACGGGAACUUCGGAACAUCGGAGUUGAGGUUUUCUCUCUGGGUAUUAAAGCUGCAGAUGCAAAAGAACUCAAACAAAUUGCAUCCACACCUUCCUUGAACCAUGUUUUCAAUGUGGCCAAUUUUGAUGCGAUUGUGGACAUUCAGAAUGAGAUAAUCUCCCAGGUGUGUUCAGGAGUUGAUGAGCAACUUGGUGAACUGGUUAGUGGAGAAGAAGUCAUCGAGCCUCCUUCAAAUCUGGUUGCCACAGAAGUGUCAUCAAAAUACAUUAAGCUGAGCUGGGAUCCAUCUCCCAGUGCUGUGACCGGCUAUAAAGUCCUCCUCACACCAAUGGCUGCAGGAAGCCGGCAUCACGCUUUGAGUGUGGGGCCUCAGACGACCACACUCAAUGUUCGUGACCUCUCAGCUGACACAGAAUACCAGAUCAGUGUUUCUGCCAUGAAGGGACUGACAUCCAGCGAGCCCAUUUCGGUGAUGGAGAAGACUCAGCCAAUGAAAGUUCAAGUGGAAUGUUCACGUGGUGUGGAUAUAAAAGCUGAUAUUGUGUUUUUGGUUGAUGGUUCCUAUAGCAUCGGGAUUGCAAACUUUGUUAAAGUUAGAGCCUUUCUGGAAGUUCUUGCAAAAAGUUUUGAGAUAUCACCAAACAGAGUACAGAUAAGCCUUGUCCAAUACAGCAGAGACCCUCACACUGAAUUCACAUUGAAGGAAUUUAACAGAGUUGAAGAUAUAAUCAAAGCAAUAAACACCUUCCCCUACAGGGGAGGAUCCACAAACACAGGCAAAGCAAUGACUUAUGUCAGAGAGAAAAUAUUUGUGCCUAACAAAGGCUCAAGAAGUAAUGUACCGAAGGUCAUGAUUCUCAUCACUGAUGGGAAGUCGUCAGAUGCUUUCAGAGACCCUGCUAUAAAACUCAGAAAUUCAGACGUGGAGAUCUUCGCAGUUGGUGUAAAGGAUGCUGUUCGCUCAGAGUUGGAAGCCAUUGCCUCUCCUCCUCCCGAGACCCAUGUGUUCACAGUGGAAGAUUUUGAUGCCUUUCAGAGGAUAUCGUUUGAACUCACACAGUCUAUCUGUCUUAGAAUUGAGCAAGAGUUGGCAGCUAUAAAGAAGAAAGCUUAUGUGCCACCAAAGGAUCUGAAGUUUUCUCAGGUGACUUCUAAUAGUUUCAAAGCUGAAUGGUCUCCCGCUGGAGAGAAUGUUUUUUCAUAUCAUGUCACAUACAAGGAUGCUACAGGGGAUGAUGAGGUCACAGUGGUGGAGCCAGCUUCGAGCACCAGUGUUGUCCUCAGCAACCUGAAGCCAGAGACCCUGUACUUGGUAAAUGUGACUGCAGAGUAUGAAGAUGGCUUCAGCAUUCCCCUAGCUGGAGAGGAGACCACAGAUGAAGUAAAAGGAGUACCACGAAACCUGAAGGUGUCGGAUGAGACUACAGACAGUUUUAAAAUUACCUGGUCUCAAGCUCCCGGGAGAGUCUUAAGGUAUCGAAUUCUGUACAGACCAGUUGCUGGUGGAGAAAGCAAAGAAGUUAGUACCCCAGCCAAUCAGAGGAGGAAAACACUGGAGAACCUGACGCCAGACACAAAGUAUGAAAUCUCUGUAAUUCCCGAAUAUUCCUCCGGACUGGGCUCUCCACUGACAGGAAAUGCAGCCACCGAAGAAGUUAGAGGGAAUCCAAGAGACUUAAGAGUUUCUGACGCUACAACAUCAACGCUGAAGCUGUCUUGGAGUGGGGCACCAGGAAAAGUGAAGCAGUAUCUUGUCACGUACACCCCAGCAGCAGGAGGUGAAACUCAAGAGGUCACUGUGAGGGGAGACACAACCAACACGGUGUUGAGGCGAUUGAAGGAGGGGACACAAUACGACUUAUCUGUGACAGCACUGUAUGCGUCUGGGGCUGGAGAAGCCCUUUCUGGUAAAGGAACAACACUUGAAGAACGUGGUUCACCUCAAGAUCUAGUCACUAAAGACAUCACGGACACGUCGAUUGGGGCCUAUUGGACAUCUGCUCCAGGAAUGGUUCGAGGGUACAGGGUCUCAUGGAAGUCGCUUUAUGAUGAUAUUGAGGCUGGAGAGAAAGAUCUUCCUGGAGAUGCCCUUCAUACGAUGAUAGAGAAUCUACAGCCAGAGACCAAGUACAAAAUUUCAGUUUUUGCAACUUACAGCAGUGGAGAAGGAGAGCCCGUAACUGGAGAUGCCACAACUGAAUUAUCCCAAGAUUCCAAAACCUUAAAAGUGGACGAAGAAACAGAACACACGAUGAGAGUUACAUGGAAACCAGCACCAGGGAAAGUCGUCAACUACCGUGUUGUGUAUCGCCCUCAAAAGGGAGGGAGACAAAUGGUCGCUAAGGUGCCACCCACAGUCACUUCAACAGUGCUAAAGAGACUUCAACCCCAGACCACGUAUGACAUCACAGUUCUCCCGAUGUAUAAGACAGGAGAAGGAAAGCUCAGGCAAGGAUCAGGGACAACAGCUUCUCGAUUUAAAUCACCAAGAAACCUCAAAACUUCUGACCCAACAAUGUCAAGUUUUCGAGUGACUUGGGAGCCUGCCCCUGGGGAAGUGAAAGGUUACAAAGUCACAUUCCAUCCUACAGGCGAUGACAGAAGACUAGGGGAGUUGGUCCUUGGACCAUAUGACAACACAGUUGUCUUGGAGGAGCUUAGGGCAGGCACAACCUAUAGAGUCAAUGUUUUUGGGAUGUUUGAUGGAGGAGAAAGUUUACCACUUGUUGGGCAAGAAAUGACAACCCUUUCUGACACAACCGUGACACCAUUUUUGUCCUCUGGGAUGGAGUGUCUCACCAGAGCCGAAGCAGACAUUGUGUUGCUGGUGGAUGGGUCAUGGAGCAUCGGCCGUGCAAAUUUUAGAACUGUGAGAAAUUUCAUUUCUCGUAUUGUGGAAGUCUUUGAAAUUGGUCCCAAGAGAGUACAAAUUGCUCUUGCUCAGUACAGUGGAGACCCCAGAACAGAGUGGCAGUUAAAUGCUCACAGAGACAAGAAGAGUUUAUUACAGGCUGUGGCGAAUUUACCCUACAAAGGAGGAAAUACCCUCACAGGCAUGGCUUUGAAUUUCAUUCGCCAACAGAGCUUCAAGACCCAAGCUGGCAUGAGGCCUCGUGCUCGCAAAAUUGGAGUUCUCAUUACUGAUGGAAAAUCACAAGAUGAUGUGGAGGCUCCAUCAAAGAAACUCAAGGAUGAAGGAGUGGAACUGUUUGCUAUCGGUAUUAAGAACGCUGAUGAAGUUGAGUUAAAGAUGAUUGCUACAGAUCCAGAUGACACCCAUGCAUACAACGUGGCAGAUUUUGAGUCAUUAUCCAAGAUCGUGGAUGACCUCACCAUCAACUUGUGUAACAGUGUCAAGGGCCCUGGUGACUUGGAAGCGCCAUCUAACUUAGUUAUUUCUGAGAGGACUCACCGUUCUUUUCGAGUGAGCUGGACACCUCCUUCUGACAGUGUGGACAGAUACAAGGUGGAAUACUACCCUGUUUCUGGAGGAAAGCGCCAGGAGUUUUAUGUGAGUCGACUAGAAACAAGCACAGUGCUGAAAGAUCUGAAGCCCGAGACUGAGUAUGUGGUGAAUGUGUACUCUGUGGUUGAGGACGAGUACAGCGAACCUCUGAAGGGCACAGAGAAAACCCUGCCAGUCCCUGUAGUUAGCCUGAAUAUUUAUGACAUUGGCCCCACCACCAUGCAUGUGCAAUGGCAGCCUGUGGGAGGAGCUACUGGCUAUACUGUGUCAUACCAACCAGUUAGAGCCCCUGAAGCAACAAAACCCAAAGAGAUGCGUGUGGGGCCAACAGUGAAUGACGUGCAGCUGACUGGCCUCCUUCCUAACACAGAAUAUGAGGUCACUGUCCAGGCUGUCCUGCAUGACCUCACUAGUGAACCUGCCAAAGCUCGGGAAGUCACGUUACCCUUACCCAGACCUCAGGAUGUGAAACUGCGAGAUGUGACUCAUAGCACCAUGAAUGUCAUCUGGGAACCUGUGCUUGGAAAAGUUCGCAAAUACAUUGUUAGAUACAAAACUCCAGAAGAGGAGUUCAAAGAGGUGGAGGUGGACAGAUCAAGGGCCAGUACCACCCUCAAAGACCUCUCCUCUCAAACCCCGUAUACAGUGAGCGUUUCUGCAGUGUAUGAUGAGGGUGAAUCUCCUCCGUCAAGUGCUUAUGAGACAACCCGGCCUGUUCCAGCACCAACAAACCUACAGUUUACUGAAGUAACACCAGAGAGUUUCAGGGGAACUUGGGACCAUGGAGCUUCAGAUGUGUCUCUCUAUAGAAUAACCUGGGCACCUGUUGAAAACCCAGAUAAGAUGGAGACCAUCGUAAAUGGAGAUGAAAAUACCUUGGUGUUUGAAAAUCUGAACCCCAACACUCUGUAUGAAGUUUCCAUUACUGCCAUCUAUCCUGAUGAAUCUGAAAGUGAUGACCUGAGGGGCAGUGAGCGCACACUGCGUUUGAUACCCUUAACAACACAAGCUCCAAAAAGUGGUCCACGGAACCUUCAGGUGUACAAUGCCACAUCUAACAGCUUGACUGUUAAGUGGGAUCCUGCUAGUGGUCGUGUGCAGAAAUACAGAAUCACACAUCAACCUUCCACAGGAGAAGGCAAUGAACAAACGACCACGGUCGGAGGGCGGCAGAACAGCGUGGUCCUGCAGAAACUGAAGCCUGACACUCCGUACACUAUCACCGUGUCCUCCCAGUAUCCUGAUGGUGAAGGCGGCCGGAUGACCGGGAGGGGCAAGACCAAACCUCUGAAUACUGUGAGGAACUUGAGAGUGUAUGACCCUUCUACCAGCACCUUGAGUGUUCGCUGGGACCAUGCAGAGGGCAAUCCUCGCCAGUACAAACUCUUCUAUGCCCCAACAGCAGGUGGUCCAGAAGAACUGGUACCAAUCCCUGGAAAUACCAACUAUGCCAUUCUUAGGAACCUGCAGCCAGAUACUCCAUACACUGUCACAGUGGUUCCUGUCUAUACAGAAGGUGAUGGUGGACGCACAUCAGACACUGGAAGGACAUUGGUGAGAGGACUGGCAAGAAAUAUCCAAGUGUAUAACCCUACGCCCAACAGCCUUGAUGUCCGCUGGGACCCUGCUCCAGGGCCAGUACAGCAGUACCGCAUUGUAUACUCUCCUGUUGCUGGCACAAGACCCUCAGAAUCUAUUGUGGUGCCAGGGAAUACCCGCACGGUGCAUCUGGAGAGGCUGAUUCCUGACACACCCUAUUCUGUGAACAUUGUGGCUCUCUACUCAGAUGGAGAGGGGAAUCCCAGCCCCAGCCAGGGCCGAACACUUCCACGAAGUGGUCCAAGGAAUCUACGGGUCUUUGGAGAGACGACCAACAGCCUCUCUGUAGCCUGGGACCAUGCUGAUGGGCCAGUUCAGCAAUACAGGAUCAUCUACUCUCCUACCGUCGGUGAUCCAAUUGACGAAUAUACCACAGUCCCAGGCAGGAGAAACAAUGUAAUAUUGCAGCCCCUGCAACCUGACACUCCAUAUAAAAUUACUGUCAUUGCCAUUUAUGAGGAUGGAGAUGGUGGUCAUCUAACUGGAAAUGGAAGGACCGUGGGAUUGCUUCCUCCCCAGAACAUACACAUCUCUGAUGAAUGGUAUACAAGGUUCAGAGUGUCCUGGGACCCUUCACCCUCACCAGUUCUUGGAUAUAAAAUUGUGUACAAGCCAGUGGGUUCCAAUGAGCCCAUGGAAGCCUUUGUUGGAGAAGUGACAUCAUACACAUUACACAAUCUCAAUCCCAGCACUACCUAUGAUGUCAGUGUUUAUGCUCAGUAUGACUCUGGACUCAGUAUUCCUCUCACAGAUCAAGGCACCACAUUGUACUUAAACGUGACAGAUCUGAAAACUUACCAGGUUGGAUGGGAUACGUUCUGUGUCAAAUGGUCACCUCACCGGGCAGCUACUUCCUACAGGCUGAAACUGAGUCCUGCAGAUGGAACCAGAGGACAAGAAAUCACAGUGCGAGGAUCAGAAACCAGCCACUGCUUCACCGGCCUCUCCCCAGAGGCUGAGUAUGGCGUUACUGUUUUUGUGCAGACACCAAAUCUGGAGGGGCCGGGCGUCCCCAUCAAGGAACAGACCACUGUAAAACCGACAGAAGCUCCCACAGAACCACCCACACCUUCUCCUCCUCCCACUAUUCCACCUGCUCGGGAUGUGUGCAAAGGGGCCAAGGCAGAUAUUGUGUUCUUGACAGACGCCUCCUGGAGUAUUGGAGAUGACAAUUUUAACAAAGUUGUAAAAUUUAUCUUUAAUACUGUGGGGGCCUUUGAUGAAGUCAACCCUGGUGGGAUCCAGGUUUCUUUUGUGCAGUACAGUGAUGAGGUCAAGUCUGAGUUCAAGCUGAACACAUACAACGAUAAGGCUCUAGCCCUCGGAGCCCUCCAGAACAUUCGGUACAGAGGAGGAAACACAAGAACAGGCAAGGCCCUCACGUUUAUCAAGGAGAAGGUCUUGACCUGGGAAAGUGGCAUGAGGAAGAAUGUCCCAAAAGUGCUGGUUGUGGUCACAGAUGGCCGGUCACAGGAUGAGGUGAAGAAGGCUGCAUUUGUCAUCCAGCAGUCAGGGUUCAGCGUAUUUGUUGUUGGUGUGGCUGAUGUGGACUACAGUGAACUCGCCAACAUUGCCAGCAAGCCCAGCGAAAGGCAUGUGUUCAUUGUGGAUGACUUUGAAUCUUUUGAGAAGAUCGAGGACAAUCUUAUCACGUUUGUUUGUGAAACUGCCACUUCAAGUUGUCCUCUCAUCUAUUUGGAUGGCUACACUUCACCAGGCUUUAAGAUGCUUGAAGCUUACAACCUGACAGAAAAGAACUUUGCUUCUGUCCAAGGAGUUUCUUUGGAAUCAGGGUCUUUCCCCAGCUAUUCAGCCUACAGGCUUCAGAAGAAUGCCUUCAUCAAUCAGCCAACAGCAGAACUCCAUCCAAAUGGACUCCCUCCUUCAUACACGAUCAUAUUAUUGUUUAGACUUCUUCCAGAAACUCCCAGUGACCCCUUUGCAAUUUGGCAAAUUACAGACAGAGACUACCGGCCCCAAGUCGGAGUGAUUGCAGACCCUUCUAGCAAGACACUAUCUUUCUUUAAUAAGGAUACAAGAGGAGAGGUACAAACUGUUACAUUUGACACAGAUGAAGUGAAGACACUAUUUUAUGGAAGUUUUCAUAAGGUCCAUAUUGUAGUAACCUCAAAAAGUGUUAAGAUUUAUAUUGACUGCUAUGAAAUUGUAGAAAAAGACAUUAAGGAAGCUGGAAAUAUCACAACUGAUGGCUAUGAAAUUCUUGGAAAACUUCUUAAAGGAGAGAGAAAAUCAGUGACAUUCCAAAUCCAGAGCUUUGACAUUGUCUGCAGCCCGGUGUGGACCAGUAGAGACAGAUGCUGUGAUAUUCCCUCUAGGAGAGAUGAAGCAAAAUGCCCUGCUCUUCCAAAUGCUUGCACAUGUACACAGGACAGCGUUGGACCUCCAGGCCCUCCAGGCCCCGCAGGAGGACCUGGUGCAAAAGGUCCCAGAGGUGAAAGAGGAAUCAAUGGGGCAGUUGGGCCUCCAGGUCCCCGUGGAGAUACAGGCCCUCCAGGUCCUCAGGGUCCUCCAGGCCCCCAGGGACCCAAUGGACUCUCCAUUCCAGGAGAACAGGGUCGCCAGGGAAUGAAAGGUGAUGCAGGAGAGCCAGGGCUUCCCGGCCGGACAGGAACACCAGGAUUACCUGGUCCACCAGGACCAAUGGGACCACCAGGAGACAGAGGUUUCACUGGAAAAGAUGGCGCAAUGGGACCGAGAGGCCCACCCGGGCCACCGGGAACCCCAGGUUCUCCAGGAGUUACAGGGCCCAGUGGGAAACCAGGAAAACCUGGAGACCAUGGCAGACCAGGUCAAUCUGGGUUAAAAGGAGAAAAAGGUGAUAGGGGAGACAUUGCUUCCCAGAACAUGAUGCGAGCAGUUGCAAGACAAGUCUGCGAACAACUAAUAAGUGGCCAGAUGAGCAGAUUCAAUCAGAUGCUGAAUCAGAUUCCAAAUGAUUACCACUCAAGUCGCAACCAGCCUGGCCCACCAGGGCCCCCAGGACCCCCUGGCAGUGCUGGAGCCAGAGGAGAACCAGGGCCUGGGGGGCGACCAGGAUUCCCUGGCACACCAGGGAUGCAGGGACCCCCUGGUGAACGAGGUUUGCCUGGAGAGAAAGGUGAAAGGGGUAUUGGGUCUCCAGGACCCCGAGGGCCGCCUGGACCCUCAGGUCCACAAGGAGAAUCCAGAACGGGUCCACCAGGGUCUACAGGCUCAAGAGGCCCUCCUGGUCCCCCUGGUCGUCCUGGAAACUCAGGUAUCCGAGGACCCCCAGGUCCUCCUGGAUAUUGUGAUUCAUCCCAGUGUGCCAGCAUCCCGUACAAUGGGCAAGGCUAUCCAGAGCCUUAUGUGCCCGAGGGUGGGGCCUACCUGCCUGAUCGUGAGCCCUUCAUCGUGCCUGUGGAGCCUGAGAGGACAGCAGAAUACGAGGAGGACUACGGUGCAGAUGAGCCUGAAGGGGAGCACCCUGACCACAUGCGUUGGCGGCGCGCCCUGCGCCCAGGCCCUGGCCAGUGAACCUGAGACCGCGGGUUCACCGAGGUGGGAGGUGUUGGGAUUCUCAUUCACAGGUCAGACAGGGCAGCAUACAUCUUUUCUGUGAUGUUUUCUUCGCAUUGCUUCAUCUACAAGUGCUCUUUUCUGACUGUAGGGAACCUUGUUUUUGCAGGCAGCCUAGCUCACAACAGUCUGUAGUCAUCCCUGCCUUUGCAGUUCAAAAGCUUACAACAACACACGCUGUUCACAGAAGCUGCAAGGAGAGAACACGCCCAGGGUGGGCUGUGGCAGCCAAACUUCUAGGUUAAACAGCAGGCCCUGGAAACCAGAGCAGCUAUAUGUUUGGAAAGAGCCUUUAUCUUUCUCAGUACUAAUCUGCAAUUCAGUCACAUCCCAUUUCCAGUAAUUCCUCUCCUGAAAUCAAAAUGGAGGGAAGCACCAGCUCACUGUAGUGUUUCACCUUUUUCCUCUUCCUCCUGCUAUGCGUUAGGACACAGAAUCUUAGUGUCUUAACAACCACAGACCUUCCACCACGUAGCUGAAGUUAUUGUAUCAACUGGAUACUGUUCUAUAUCACCGUAGACGUCCUUGUUUUGACACACUAACAUUUAUGCCAAAUUGCAGAUUAUUCUGCAGAAAUGGAGUUGCAUGUUUGUGUUGUAUAUUUAGAAUGAACUUUUGCAGAACAUAUUUCUUAGUUAUCAAAGCAGUUGGAAAUGUCUGCAAGACUAUGAACAUAGAAUUGCUGCUUUUAUAUUUUAACUGCAGAUUGUGAAUUUCACUGCCUUAUAUUAUUUAUUUCUGAAACAAAAGAGGCAUUUUUCAAUAAAACUACUGAAAAUUUGA